AUGUUUAAAAGAAAGGGGUCACAAAAGGGUAAAGACCCAUCGGUGCCAUUCCAAAGGCCGACCACAUCAAAAGAUAUACAUACAGCAGAAGAUGGGUCAGAACCCAAAACAUCACUGGGACGACAAUUCUGUCGAUACUUGUAUAAUAGAGAGAAAAAAUUGUUCUGUGGAAGAUCAUGCAAAAGUUGGUUAUGUAUUAUUGGGUAUUCCAUAAUGUAUUUGUUGUUCCUUAGCACGUACACACUCCUGUUUCUGUUCGGGUCAUUGUCAAUAAUAAAGUUAAUAGACAACUACGAAUUGAUUGAAAAAGUUGAACUUAUGACGUAUUCACAGAAUGGUAUCGGACUCUCUGCGACUCCGACGUCCGUUGAUAAUUUUCCCAUUAUUUCCUACAGAAGUAAUAGCAACGAAGAUGAGAAGUAUGUAAAUGAAUUACACGAAUUCUUCAAACGACGAAAGCGAUCCACCGAAGAUAUAGCAUUAGGGCCCUGUGGAUCUCUCCCAUUUGGAUAUUGGAAAAGCCCGUGCAUUGUAAUACGUAUUAACAAGCAAUUGGGAUGGUCAGCAAAGCCUUUGAAACUUAACACGACCGAUUUAAAUAUACCUCUUGAUGUUCGGGAGUGGAUGAAGUUAGAUCAACAAAAACUCUGGCUGCAUUGUCAUGGUUUGCAUUCAUAUGACAAAGAACACCUGGGCAAAAUUAUAUACUACCCGGAUCCGCCAGGAUUUGACCCAGGAUUGUUUCCUUUAGAUAUGAAAGAUAAUGCGCCACUGGUUGCGGUGCAAAUAAAAGAGUUCACUUUGGGAAUAUCACUCGCCAUUGAGUGUACGCUAUGGUACGACGAAGGAACAUCGUCAACCGCCUUUUUACUAUAUGUUACGCCUAAAAAUAAAAUUAUCGUAAACGCAGAUAAGAUUGUACAAUGA